AUGUGGCUAUGCAGUGGUGCUUUCAAAUUCAGAGGCGCUUGCAAUGUUGUAUUUUCACUUGAUGAUGAUCAUGCUGUUAAAGGGGUUGUAACACACAGCAGUGGUAACCAUGCUGCAGCAUUGUCUUUGGCUGCAAAACUACGCGGAAUCCCUGCAUAUAUAGUUAUACCAAAAAAUGCUCCGAAAUGCAAAGUUGAGAAUGUCAUUCGUUACGGUGGUCAGCUUAUAUGGAGUGAGCCCACAAUGCAGUCAAGGGAAAGUACUGCAGCCAAGGUGUUGCAAGAAACUGGGGCAGUUCUUCUACAUCCUUACAACGAUAGGCGCAUAAUAAGGAGGUGGCUUGAUAUCAGGUGUGGCUUUGGCUGCCAAGGCCAUCAACCCUGCAAUUCGAGUUUUAGCUGCUGAGCCGGAGGGAGCCAACGAUGCAGCUCAGUCCAAAGCAGCUGGGAGGAUAAUAACAUUGUCUGAGACCAACACUGUAGCAUGGUGGUGGUGAGUUUCUCAUGAGUUGCUUCAUUGGAGGGUUGAUGACAGAGCUUCACCAGGACUUGUACUUGCUUCGUUUUGUUUCUAUUGAAGAAGCCUCUACGCCAACUCUAAAAUUGCUCAAGGCUAUGGUGA